AUGUUAGGGAUACGUUCGGCUUGGAAGGACGAGCUACAGGCUACAGCUGCAGAGAUGGUAUACGGUGAACCAUUACGACUCCCGGGCGAAUUUCUGGGUCAGACAACAGGACCUAAUACAACAUCAGACUUUGUGCAGAACUUGAGGUUACAUGUGCAGCAGUUUCGACCUGUGGAUGGAACGAGACACGGCGAGAAAGCACCCUUCGUGUUCAAGGGCCUCGCUACUGCAAGCCACGUCUUUGUACGUCACGAUGGACCAAAAGGACCGCUCCAACAUCCCUAUGACGGUCCAUACAAGGUUGUUUCCCGAGGAGAGAAAGCAUUCGUGGUCAACGUUCGGAACAAAGAGGUCAAAGUCUCUAUCAACCGACUUAAACCGGCAUACGUCAUAGCCGAUUUGGACGACGACGCCAACAUCGAUGCCGACGAUGACAGGAUAAUCGAGUUUCAGCAUACUCCAGCCAUUCCAGAUGCGCCACCCAAACCACUUGUGCCAGAACAAUCGCAAGUACCUGUCGCGCAAUCACUUCCGGUACUACCACAGCCGCCACCGCCGCGAACGACGCGGUCAGGACGGCGGGUUCGAUUUCCGGACCGGUUACAAGUGGGAUUUCCGUGA